AAUAUUGAUUCGCAAUUUAAAUUCUAUUUCAGACGUUCUAGCAAAAUGUCAAUCAAGACAACAUGUGGUUUAUUUGUCGUCUGCUGCAUAGCUCAGACAUUGUCAAUGGUACUUCCCGGAGGUGGAGGAAUGCCCGGGGGAUUUGGUGGCUGUGAAAGAACAAUAACAUCAGAACAUACAGCGGCUGCCAACUUUGCCCUGUCAAGCAACAGCAACGGAUAUAGACUGGAUAGAAUUUUAUGCGUCAAGGAGCAGAUUGUGAAUGGAAUCAAUUAUGACAUGAAACUCAGAGUAAAUGCAGGACCUACAUGCCAGGAAACAUGCGAUAUUGUUGUUUAUCAUGGUCCAUUCAGCCAACAACCUAUGCCGAUGUCAGUCACCAGUGAAACCUGUACCAGUACCUGUCCUGGCCAGUAAUAUAUACAAUCUCAACAUAAUUAUAAUCCCGGAUUUAUUAGAGAUAGAACAGUUUACUCACAUUUGUAUGAAUGAUCUUUUUGUGCGAUUUUAUAAUGAAUGAAGAAAAUAUCAAACCAUGCUAGUUUGAAACAUGAUGCUUCUUGUUUACUGUGUGAUGUCAUGAUACAACAAAUGAGUGUUUUCUAAACGUAAUAAAAGAGCGUUAUUUUCACGUUGUGACGUCAUCUUAGUCGACAAAGAUCAUGAGAUUAGAAUGACAGUUUGAUACCUUGCACAUGACUCUGAUGUUUGUAAUCUUAGUAUUUCUUUAUUGUAUUUCUUGUUUUCGACGCUAUUAAUUUAACAUUGUUUACAAAACAGUAUGUGUACGUGUUUGUAAGAACCUUAAUUAAAACUGAUAUUCUACUAGAUUCUAUCUUUUUUGUUAAUAAAUUUCAAGUAUAAGUUUA